AUGCAGCCAAAAAUUGAGGCAGCAGAAAGAGCAGAAUUGGUGCAAGGAGGAAAUGUAAAGGAUUGCAAACCAGAAAGCAAGACAGUGGGUGUUGCGGUCUGGGCAAAGGCACGAAAUCAAAUAUUGCGGGCCCCAUAUGGCAGGGGGGAGGACCAAAACGACGAAGCUGGUGAGCGACAAGUGUGGGGAUUAUGGGGCGUGUGGAUUUGGAGUGGAAAUUGCAGAGACAGGGUGCAAGACAAGAGAGCAAGUGUAGAGACGUUUGAAGAACUGGUGAAGGACAAUAGGAUGAUGGAAUAUGCGGUGGAGGGGGCAUUGGGCAAACACGCCGAAACUAGGAUCUACUUCAUAGGCAUUGGAAACCCAGAGAUCGUGCCAUGCAGAUUGAAAGGGAGGGUGGUUGGGUUGUGCAGUAGUGAGGGAGGAGAGAGACAAAGAGAGACAGGUGGGGAGGUUCACUACCACGUCAUAGAAGUUGUGAGGGAGAAGAGAUAUAGUGAUAACUAUGAGGACGUGCCAGAGCUUAGAGAGGAUGAGAGAGUUGAGCACUGUGGCACGGCCACGAAUGGAAAGAGAACGAAAGUGGUGGAUAUGACAGGUAGAUUCAAUCUUGGAAAGAAUGUUGUCCCAGAAAGAAUUGUGCUGAGGUAA